AUGCCCCACAGUGGUGGUAGAGUCGGUCAGGGCAUUUAUUUUGCUUCAGAGAAUAGUAAAUCUAUUGGUUAUAUAGGGGUAGCUAGAAAUAUUGGUAUUAUGUUUUUAGCUGAAGUGGCUUUAGGUAAAGAACACUCUAUUACCAGAGAUAAUAGUUCAUUAAUUGCUGCUCCUAAAGGCCAUGACUCCGUUGUUGCUCGAGGCAAGACAGAACCUGAUCCUAAAAAGGAUGUUACCAUAACAAUUGAUGGCAAAACCGUUACUGUACCACAAGGAAAACCAAUCACUCGAUCGCAGUACAAUAACAGUUACUUUAGCCAAAGUGAAUACUUAGUUUAUAAAGAGAGCCAAGUGCGGCUUCGCUAUUUAAUUAAGAUAAAAGUUUAA